AUGGCGCCUAAGAAGAAGAUCAUCAUUGACACUGACCCAGGAAUCGACGAUAUUCUGGCUCUUCUGCUGGCCUUUGCCCAGAAAUCAGAGGAUGUCGAAGUUCUGCUAGUUUCUUUGACAUUCGGCAAUGUUGAGGUCAAGAGCUGUCUGCGCAAUGUUGUCUCCAUGUUCCAUAUCCUCGAGAGAGAGAUGAAGUGGCGAAAGGAGCAGGGUAAGCCUGAGGGCUUCGACACAUUGCGGGCUCACCCUCCGCUUGUCGCGCUCGGAGCAGAGGACCCUCUAGACGACCAGAAGAUGCUCGCAGACUACUUCCAUGGAAUUGAUGGCCUCGGUGGUAUUCAUGGCAGCCACCCCCAUCUGACUCCCCAGGACGCGUGGGAGCAUCUUUUCGACCCAACUCACGAGCCUAUCGAGCUGAAACCCGUACCUUCAGGCUGUGGAGCGCACCAGUCUUUUAUACCCUCAAAGCGCCCCGCGCACGAGGAGAUGCUUCGCGUUUUGCGCGAGAACGAUCCGGACACGGUCACAAUCGUGGCAGUUGGGCCUCUCACCAACCUGGCCCGGGCUUCGGCUGCUGACCCAGAGGCGUUUCUCCGUACCAAAGAAGUUGUGGUUAUGGGAGGAGCCGUCCACGAACCUGGAAAUGUGACACCCGUUGCCGAGUUCAACGCUUAUGCCGACGCAUUCGCCGCGGCCAGGGUCUAUGCCCUUAGCUCUCCUUCUCCAAAGAGCACUCUGCCUUUUUGCAAGAGUCUGCCCGAUCUUCCCGCGAAGCUCAGCAGGCAACUGACAAUCAAAAUCUUCCCCCUGGAUAUCACCUCACGGCACAGUAUCAACCGCGGUCAGUUCCGCAAAGCAACCACCCCUCUGGUAGAGGCUGGUUCUCCGCUUGCUGAGUGGGCCACCGCAUUCAUGGCGCACACUUUUGCUACUGUCGAGCGACUCCAUGCGAACCAAGUCGGAGACGCUGCGGAACUCGACCUGCACGACCCCGUCUGCGUUUGGUACGCCCUCACUGCCGAGGAUGAAAGGUGGAAGCCAUCAGCGACCUCACCAGAGGACAUUCGCAUUGAGACGACCGGUCAAUGGACGCGGGGAGCGUGCAUUAUCGACCGCCGAGACCGACACCCCAUUGACGGGGACGAAGAGAGUUCGAGCGACCACGGUCUGUGGCUGAGCCAGAGAGCCGGAAACCGCAUCUGGAGAAUGGAUAAGUCUCCAGUUGAAGGUAACUUCGGUGAGGUUUUGAUAGAACAGCUCUUUACUUGA